AUGAAAACUAAAGUUGAAGAGAGGUUCUCUGAGUUUUUUGAGAAGUGGAUGUGCCAACUCGAUGAGUAUCUGCAACACCUGCGAAGGGCGUCUGAGGAUUAUCGAGCUAAAACUGGGUGUGAGCGUGAGCAAGAGCUACAAGCUUCAGUGUCCAAAGUCACACAACAUUACAAAGACUACUACACUAUAAAAUGGGCCUUAGCCCAUAAAGAUGUGCUUGCUUUCUUUUGUCCAAUUUGGAUUUCCCCUUUGGAGAAUGUGUAUUCUUGGGUUACUAGGUGGAAACCUUCAGCAGUGUUUAAACUGGGUAACUCAAUAAGGACAAAUGGUGUUCCCAGUUUGAGUCUGGUUGAAUUGACACAAGAACAUAUGAGAAAGAAUGAGACUUUGAGGGUGAAAAGAAGGUUAGAAGAGGAGAAGGUGGAGAGGGAAAUGGAAAGGCAACAAGAUGUUGUAGUAGAUAGGAAGAUGGCAAAGUUGGUAAGGUUGGUGGUUCGAGUGAAGAAUGGGGAGGAAGUGAGGCAGGUGGAGAGACUGGUGCAGGUGGCACUGAAAGGAGUAAUGGCAGGACUAGAGAAGGUGAUGAAAGCGGUAGACUGUGUAAGGCCUAAGACUUUGAAGGGAGUUUUGGAUGUUUUGAGCCCACUACAUUGCGUGGUGUUCUUGGCUAGGAUUGGCAUACUUCGAAUUCUGUUAAGACAAUGGGGAAAGAAAAAGGAAGAUGGUGAAGUUGGUAAGGUUGGUGGUUCGAGUGAAGAAUGGGGAGGAAGUGAGGCAAGUGGAGGGAUUGGUGCAGGUGGCACUGAAAGGAGUAAUGGCAGGACUAUAGAAGGUGAUGAAAGCGACAGACUAUGUAAGGCUUAG